GUGUGGCGAGCUGUGCCAAUAGGCAAAGGUAUCAGGCGUCUUCUCUUUAUUCUCAUUGAGCUGGAAACACCCUAAUGGUUGUAAUAUAAGUUAGCCGACACAUCAUCCCAUUUAGGUGAAAUUGUUACGGAGUUUUUAGGUGUAAACUGUCUUAAGCUAGAGAUAAAUAAUCAUAUCUAUGCUCAAGUGUAAAUAAGUCAAUUUAGAAUUAGGGUUGAAAAUAUAGAGAUAAAUUAUGCUAGUAUGAAAAUUUAUUUUAUUUGGUUUUAAAAAUUUGGAUCUCUCCCCUUAAUAAUGAAGGCAAAACUCCUCCACAGGUAUUGGUUUCUCCAUGGUGUUGAUCUCCCUUCUGACAACAAUCUACUACAGUGCUGUCACGUCCUGGUCCAUGUUUUACCUGGCCACGUCACUGACAUCAGUGAUGCCAUGGAAAGGAUGUGAAAAUUCCUGGAAUACAAAAUGUGAGUGCUUGUCAGCUUUAUCAUAUAGCCACUAGAUUAGGGUUGUACCUUCAACAAAUAACAUUCACUAUCAUAUAACAGCCACUAGAUUAGGUUUAUGCCAACUUCAACAAAUAACAUUCACUAUCAUAUUGCAACCACUAGAUUAGAGUUAUGCCUUCUUCAAAAAUUAGCAUUCAAGGCUUUCGAUAACCUGGAUGGAUUUUAAAACUUAUCUCAUUAAAGAAUGGUCAUCAACAAAAUUACAAAAACAUGAAUAAACUUCAUCGCUAACCAGAAAAUUGAUUGAAAGAAAAUUGGUAGAUUGAAAAUUGAUAGACGGAAGUUUGGUCGAAUGGAAAUUUGGUUGAACUUCUGUUUGACCAAACUUCCAUUGGACCAAUAUUCCAUUCAACAAAAAUGCCUUUCAACCGAAAUUUCCAUUUGACCAAACUUCCAUCCACCAAAUUUAUUUCAAACAAAUUUCUGGGUACAAACUUUAACAAGACAUAAAUGCUGUCAUAAAUGCAGUUAAAAUUUGCAAUAUUUUAUUUCUUUUAAAACAUUUGAUCAAAUCAAUGAAAUAAUUUCUUUUACAAAGGUUCACUUAAAUAAUGAAUAUUCUUAAGAUAUUUCAUUAACUCACUAAUAACAAUAAUGCAGCUCCUAAAACAUUUAAAUAUGAGGGAUGAAAUUUUAUAAAAUCUCGAUGAUUCCUUACAGCUUGUGCACCAGUGCUAGGGAACUUUACCAGCUGCCACAACCUGACCGCAACAAACCCCGGCGUCUACAGAGUUUGUGAAGAUGAACAGGAUGCAGUCUCCGGGGGAUGCGUCAAGGACAAUACUUCCGUGACAUCACUGUGUCAAGUCAACACCACAGAUGUCAGCACAAGUCUGGAGAACAGCUCAAUGCGCUCAGCAGAGGAAUACUUUUAGUGAGACUACAUUAAGAUUUAGAUCACUUUACUAAUGCAUGACCCUAUCUGGAUCACAAACCAUGCAAACAAUUCCCCAUUAAAUUACUAAACACACAGGCUGGUAAAUUUCUUGAGCAAACAAAUUUACAAAGUUUAUUUAUUUUUUUUUUUUAAUUCUUACAAAUUUCAUUUCCCUGAAACAACAUUUCUUAUUUCUUCAGCUUGACACAAAUUUCAAACUCUAUCUGCAGUUAUUGAAAUAUGUUCUAUCAUAUAAUUAAAAAAAAAUCACAUUUUUUUUUUUUUAAUUGAUUGAUUUAUGUCCAUAUAAAAACAUUUAAAAAUUGUUGUCUGUUAUCUAUUUACAGCCUGUCUGUAGUGAAGCAGUCUGAAGGAUUGCAUCAAGUUGGAGAACUUAGAUGGCAGAUUUGUCUUUGUCUGCUGACCACCUGGGCAGUUGUCAUUGUAUUUUUGGUCAAGGGAUUUAAGCCAGGUGGCAAGGUGAGGGUAUAGAAUGGUAUUGAGCAAGUAACGGAACGAGGGGGGGGGGGGUUAACGGGGAAGGGGGUGGGGGUGUCAAUAUUAAGGUUCCUCUGAAAUUUAUUCCAAAAUCUGGCUGUUAAAAAAUCAUUCAAGUUACUUUGUCAUUGUAUUUUUGGUCAAGGGAUUUAAGCCAGGUGGCAAGGUGAGGGUAUAGAAUGGUAUUGAGCAAGUAACGGAACGAGGGGGGGGGGGGUUAACGGGGAAGGGGGGGGGGGUGUCAUUAUUAAGGUUCCUCUGAAAUUUAUUCCAAAAUCUGGCUGUUAAAAAAUCAUUCAUGUUACUCUUGAAGUCAGUAUUGGCAACAUGGAAUUUAGGUGUAAUGAUGCAGGAUGUCUGUGUUUUGUGUAUAAAAUUUAUUUUUUAAAUGUCUUGCGUUAAAAUGUCUUAUGUUAAAAUGUCUUACAUUAAAAUGUUUUAUGUUAAAAUGUUUUAUUUUAAAAUGUCUUGUGUUAAAAUUUCUAAUGUUAAGUAGAUCUUACAAUAAUGUGUUUUGUUCAAGAAAAUGCUUUACUGCCUGACUAUCAAAUGACACAAACAAAUUUCUGAAAUAAAUUUCCUUCACUUAUGUUAAAGGAGCGAUAAAUUUAAUAUUAAAAAUCACUUUAAUUACGCUAUAAUUAUGAAGUUUAACUUUGAAAGUUAACUAUCCACAGACCACAUAUUUAUUUUUGACUUUGACAUUCAUCACCUUGGUUAUCUUACUGGUGAGGUCAAGCUCCCUGAUUGGUGGUCAUGAUGGACUGAGGUCAGAACAACUUUUUUUUUUUUUUUUUUAAAUUAUUUUGCUUUCCACUUACAAAAGCCAGCAACUUAUAGGACCAGCCAAUUAUUUAAAAAUUCAUGUUGCUUUUCAUGACUGUAUUGUUAAAAUAACAUUUGCUUGUACAUUAAAUCAAAAUGAUUAUUGCAAUUUAAAAUUAAAAAAAAAAAAUAUAACUUUUUUUUUUUUUUUUUUAAAUUUUUUUGCUUUCCACUUACAAAAGCCAGCAACUUAUAGGACCAGCCAAUUAUUUAAAAAUUCAUGUUGCUUUUCAUGACUGUAUUGUUAAAAUAACAGUUGCUUGUACAUUAAAUCAAAAUGAUUAUUGCAAUUUAAAAUUAAACAAAAAAAAUAAUUAUUUUAAAACUAGAAAUUCCAAAAUAAUUUUAUUUGCCCAUUAUAUUAUAAUUAACUUUAGUAACUGUUGAUCCUUUAAAUUAUUUUAAAACUAAAAAUUCCAAGAUAAUUUUAUUUGCCAAUUAAAUUAUAAUUAACAACUAUUAUUAUUAAAAACAACUGAAAGGAUUUGUCCUGUAGAUUAUCAUAACUGUGACUUUACUUAGUUAGUAAUAUAUCAUAACUGUGACUUUACGACUUGGUUAGUAAUAUAUCAUAACUGUGACUUUACUUAGUAAUAUAUCAUAACUGUGACUUUACUUAGUUAGUAAUAUAUCAUAACUGUGACUUUACGACUUGGUUAGUAAUAUAUCAUAACUGUGACUUUACUUAGUAAUAUAUCAUAACUGUGAUUUUACUUAGUUAGUAAAUAUAUUAUCAUAACUGUGACUUUACGACUUGGUUAGUAAUAUAUCAUAACUGUGACUUUACUUAGUUAGUAAUAUAUCACAACCGUGACUUUACUUAGUAAUAUAAUCAUAACUGUGAUUUUACUUAGUUAGUAAUAUAUGAUAACUGUGACUUUACGACUUGGUUAGUAAUAUAUCAUAACCGUGACUUUACUUAGUUAGUAAUAUAUCAUAACUGUGACUUUACUUAGUAAUAUAUCAUAACUGUGAUGUUACUAAGUUAGUAAUAUAUCAUAACUGUGACUUUACUUAGUUAGUAAUAUAUCAUAACUGUCAAUUUACUUAGUGAUAUAAAAUAACUGAAGACAACCAUUCAAACCAUGAACCUUUUCCCAAGUUAUAAUUAAUUAUUUUGUUUAUUUCUUUGCUGAAACAAAACAUUAUUUCUCUAAAAAUAAUCUAUCUUUUAUCGUUUAUAUUCUGGUAUUUGAAUUAUAUGAUAUGUUAACAGACAUACUGAAAUAAGAAAUGCAAAAGAUUUGUCCUAUUCAUAUGUACAAGCUUUUAGGUCUAAGCAGUCUCUGCACAUUUAUGAUUUGCCCACAGUUUUCUCUUCACACUUCAAUGGUCCAAAUUAAUGGAGGGACAAGUUUGGAGGGAUGCUACAUCACAAGUGUUCUUCUCAAUGUCACUUGGAUGUGGCAGUCUGGUUGCCAUGGGCACAUACAACAAAUUCAGUAACAAUGUUAUCAGGUACAGUGCAAUUCACACUGAAUAAAACAACAUUCAAUUUCUUUAGGAUUUUCAUUGUUUCAUCAUAAUAAUAAAUUCAUAAGACAAACAACAUCCUCAAAACAAAAAAUUACUCAUAAUUUAACUGUGAGACUAUUACAAUGUUACUAUUUAUAAACCAAAUCAUAUCUAAGGAAAAUGUAUUAAUUUAAAAGAAUGCUCACUUUUAGUUUAUGCUGUCUGUUUAUUUACUUUGAUACCCUAAUUUACCCUGCCAAUGGUAUCUCCCAAACUCAAUUUAACCUAACAAUGCUAUCUCCCAAACUCAAUUUAACCUGACAAUGGUAUCUUCAAAACUCAAUUUAACCUGACAAUGGUAUCUCCCAAACUCAAUUUAACCUAACAAUGCUAUCUCCCAAACUCAAUUUAACCUGACAAUGGUAUCUUCAAAACUCAAUUUAACCUGACAAUGGUAUCCCAAACUCAAUUUAACCUGACAAUGGUAUCUUCCAAACAGAGAAGCAGCCUUGCUUUGUAUUAUCGACACCGGAAUGAGCCUACUGUGUAGUCUCGUAGUCUUUGCUGUCAUAGGCACAAUAGCACACACCACUGGUACAGAUAUUCAACAAGCCGCCAGGGCAGGUAAGAGAAAAACUUUGGUAGAUAUAAUAUCAUCUGACCUCAUUUAUUCAGUUUUUAUUCACAGCUGCAGUAGCCAUUUCCUCCAUAAGUCCAACAGCCCUGACCCACUUGGGUUGUUUUUUUUGUCCAAUGUUUUUGUUUUUGUAGCAGGUAAAUUUUUACUAAUCCAAUUUUAAAACCACCUUCUUAACUUCGUAUGGAUGGUUUGGAUAGCGAGGGUGCACCAGAAGGAUAUCACCACUGAAAGGCCUGGUUUACUUGAAUGGAUGGUUUUGGUACCAAGGCCCAACAGAAGGAUAUCAACCUAGAAAGGCCUGAUUUAUUUUGAAAAAUCACAUUUUUUGUCUUGAAUUUUCUUAAUUGAAAAGUUUUUAACCAUUUAUGAACAAAAUUUCAAUUUCAUAAAAAUCAGUCCUUUCCAAAUACAUUAUGAGACACUUCUUUAUCAUUUCUGUCUUUGGAAAGGAACUGGCUCUGACUUUGGCAAUCAACAUAUUUUAUAUUCAAUGGCUUACAUCCUCCAAAAGCAUAGCUGACUUACUUGACAGAUGAUAUCAUUCCACCCAGCAUAAUGACUGAUUGCUGAUUCUGUUGCAGACAUUGGCCUUUCAUUUGUCACCUUGUCCAAGGCCACACUGAUGCUGCCCUGGCCACUGUUCUGGGCCAUCCUGACGUUCAUUGUCAUGGUACUGUCAGGCAUACUCACGUGUGUGGCCACAAUGACCACAGCAGUGACCUCACUCAUGGAUUUCUACAGCAGCUCCUUCAAGAAGCACAAAACAUGGCUGGUGCUGGGUGUGUGUGGAGCUGAAGCUGUCCUGGGACUUCCUAUGAUGUUUCAGGUAAACUGUGCCAAGCACUGCAAUGUAAAAUUAAAUGUUUUAAAAUUGUGAGUUCUCUGUUCCUUGUUUACCUUUUUAACUUACAGGUAUGUGGCACACACACAAAAACCUCUCGAAAAUGUUCUGUAACCCAACUUGUAUUAUUUCAUUGAUGCUUUUUGACAUCUAGCUACAACUUUGAAGUUGUGUAUCUUGUUUUUUUCAACUACCUUAGAUACCGGAAUUCAAAUUGAGGCUUGUUUUUAUUUUUCAUCUUUAGCACAUAAAUUUGUUUAAUUGAAAAGUUCUAAGAAAUAUAAAAUAAAAGUUUUUUUUCUUCUAGGUUGGUUUCCACAUUGUCUCCAUCAUGGACACAUAUCUGUCCGGCCUCCCUCAGUUGUUUAUUGGUGGAGCUACAGUUGUGGCCUUCGCAUGGAUAUACGGAAUAGGGCGGCUGUGUACUGACAUCAGCAGGAUGUUGAAUGCCCCCAUAGGCUGGUGGUGGAGACUCAUCUGGGCCGUGGUGUGUCCAAGUUUGAUUGCUGUGAGUUACAGAAUUAAAACAUUUUUAAACAGUUUUAGUCUUAGAAAUUUUGUUCUCAUAAUUGCACCCCCAACAAUGACUAAAAGAUUGUUGGUUAUGGUAAUUUCCUCAGCCUGUUCCCUCACACAAAUUGAUCACAAAAGCUAUUCUCAAAUCGGUGUCAGUUAAACCCAUGAAAAUUAAAAUUAUUUACAUUGUUUUAAAAAAAAUCUUAAUAUUAGGGAGUUUAUUGGUUUUCCUUAGAUGAGAAAUGAAGUCUUUGGUACAAAAAAAAAGCAAGUUAUUGAUGAAGUCUUUGGUACAAAAAAAAAGCAAGUUAUUGAUGAAGUCUUUGGUACAAAAAAAAAGCAAGUUAUUGAUGAAGUCUUUGGUACAAAAAAAAAGCAAGUUAUUGAUGAAGUCUUUGGUACAAAAAAAAAGCAAGUUAUUGAUGAAGUCUUUGGUACAAAAAUAAAGCAAGUUAUUGAUGAAGUCUUUGGUACAAAAAAAAAGCAAGUUAUUGAUGAAGUCUUUGGUACAAAAAAAAAGCAAGUUAUUGAUGAAGUCUUUGGUACAAAAAAAAGCAAGUUAUUGAUGAAGUCUUUUGCUUCUAUGGCGCCACCUCUAAAAUGGAUUUGUUGUUUAAAUCAGUUGUUGUAAUUUAUAACAAACCAUUUAAUAAAGUGCAUUAUAAUUUUUUUAAAUGACACAAUUUUGGAUGGAGAUUUUUUUUUUUUUGUAGAGAAAUCUAUUAAAUGGUUUAGCCAUAUUAAACAGCAGCCUUCAAUUUCUACUGUCGCAGAUGUUAGUGGUCAGCACUGUGGUGUCAGUUCUCAGCAAAGAUGAACAGUUGAAGCAUCCGUGGUGGGUCAAGGUCAUAGGUCUAAUCUUCUGGCUUCUGCUGCUGGUCCCUGUAAUAUUAGGAGGUUUUCAUGAAGUUUCUCAAACAAAAAGUGGAGGGUUUGUAGAGGUGAGGAGAAAUGGAAUAAACUACAGGUUUAUAUAAGUGGUAAAAUAUUUCAUAACAAUGUCAUUUAUCUUUUCCAUGAUAAUAAUUAUUUAUUUAUUUUAAAUAAAUAAAUAGAGCAUUGCUCAAUUCAACUCUAAGGUGAAUUUAGUGAAGAAUUCUUAAACUAAAUUAUCUGUUUGUAAAAGAUUUUAGUAAAUAAUUGUGUAAAAAUUACGUUAUUUUUAGAGACUUCGCAAAUCUUGCCAGCCACGUAAAGAAUGGGGGGCCACGUUACAUCGGUGUAACAGCAAUGUAGAAUACUACCCCACAGUACACACUCACCUUGGCAUUGAUAUCAGCAGAGAGGGGCUCAACACAGUGGCUGGUUGGUUUGACCUUCUUUAAUGCUGAUGUUGUCAUUUGAUUAAUUAAAAAUUUUAAAAAAUUUUUUACUACUUUUUUCCCUGUAACUUAUUGAAUAUGUACACACAACCACCAAAUAAUUACACAAAAUAUUUUCAGAUGUUCUAUUAUAGCUUUCCAAAUUAUGUCCAUGGUAUUGGAAUAAUGUUAAGCUAAUAAGUUUAGUUUAAUUAUAUUUUUUUUUAAAAUUCCCUAACUCUCAUCUAUAUCAGAGCACAGUAACUCAACUAAGGCUAGGACUAGUAGUACUUGUUUCAAGAAAUUAUAUCUAAAAGAUUUUUUAAGCAGUAUAUAAAAACAUGUUCAUAUCCUAGACCAUGUGGAGUUUACAACAGUUGGUGUUCGUGUGCCAAGCUUGUCCCAGACAACUUUACUUCCCGUGUCCCCUGGCACACCGAGGGGUAAGAGGCCAAUGGACAUGCGUCACAAGGCCAUACUCAACCAUGCCUACAGCAACCCACAAUGCCACCUUUCCUCAGGUAUGCACUUGGUCAUGUCACGGACACAAAUUAAAUUCUUGAGUUUUUCUUCUUUAGCAUAGUGUUCAAAGCAUGUCUAUUUGGUUAAACUAUUUUCGUAUUUUAGAAUGUGAAUCUUCUGUGUGACGGACCAUUUGUUUAAUAGAAAAAUUCAAUGAGAUAUUUUCCUUACAAUAUGUCUAAGCAUCAAGAGAUUUAUUUAGGCAUGCUUAUUUUACAUGUUAAGUUCCAUUAAAUAAUCAUAGAGACUGUAAUUCUAAAGAUAAUUAUUGAUUUUAAAAAAUAACAAAAUUAACUUCAACACUGAAAGAGUUUUCAUCUUAAAAUAAUUUUUUAUUGUUUCGUUGCAUUCCCUUUUAGGAUCCCUUGAAAAACUUGGUAAGAAAUCUCGUGUCCCCAUGUCGCUGCCCAGUGAAGAGUUGCAGGACGUCAUCGUCAUCAGGAGGCCCAAACACAAAGUAAGCACGCGCGACGUGUCCACCCAAACAGAUCACAGCUGGGCUGAGAGUAAGCUUUGCAGACAGAGAUCUGUAAGUCUCCAUGUCACCCACAGCCCAAGCUUGAUGUAUCUUCGGUUGCUUUUUUGCCUGCCUUUACAUUAGCAAAAGACUUAGUGUUUAUUUUUUUACCACAUAUAUAAUAAUAGAUUUGAUUACAUAUUUGGACUCCCAAGGUCGAUUUUUAAAAACAACUUAUUUAAUUUUAUUAGCAAAUUUUGCUUUUUGUCAUUAACUCAGAGAAACAGUGUACAUUAUUAAAAGUUAAUUUAAUUUAGCCUAACUAAGCAUGACAUUUUUGGACAUCUGCUUCAUUAUGAGUACUUUAUCAAAACCUCUGAUUCAAUGGGUUAGAUUUAAAGCUUACAAGACUUUUCCUUGUCACUCUGACUUUUCUUGAUUCGAGAGUAAUUUAACUGCAGCACUCGAAAAGCUUUUCUAGGUUUAAAAUUUCCUGGCUCUUCAAAAGAAAAGGUUUAAUACACCUACAAGGGUAAGAAUUGUUUCAAUUAUGAUUUGACUGUAUGGGAUAUUUAUUUUCGUGCAAUUUAUGAGCAGUUCAAAUUGUUGGCUUCAUUUAAAUCCCAGAAAUGGCUAACUUUGCACAUAAAAUUUGUUUUACGCUUGCAUUGUAAAUUACUUCAUGAAAAGAACACACACACCACUUCCAGAACCAAGUCAGAUUUUUAAAAAAAUAGCCUUUUUGUUUUGUUAUGUUCCCCAUGUAUAACCACGUUCACUAUUUUUAAUGUCCAGCCAAAAAAAUACAUAAAUGUCAUAGUUUUUGUUGUAGUAGAUAAAUAGAUGUUAGUGCAGUAGGAAUAAUAAUAAAUUUUAGUGAUACUGUCAAUUAAGUUGAUCAUGAUCAGUUGAUAUCAAAAUUAAUUUUGGCUCUUAUGGGGCUCAGUCAACAUUGCCUUUUGCAGAUCCUAGUCCUACUUCCUAGUUUUGACAUUACCUUUAUGGCCUCUCAAAUAGAAUUCUUGUUGAAUGUCUCCUUAGGGCACUUUGCCAUUUCACUCGUUGAAUUUAUUUACCUAGUCCUGGUACGAAUUAUAUUAUGGGCUGUUUAAAGUACACUGGUUCUAGGGAUACUUUAGGAUAUGGUCUAGAAACACGAUGACCUUGGCUUAAAAUAAGACAGUUGGUGAGUUUUAUACAAGAUAUGACAAACUUGUUGUAGGCCUAUUAGAUGCAGUAAUGAAUAGGCCUAAUUAUUUUUCCUGGCAUUACUUUAUAAACCAACUUUACCCAGCAACAUGUCGGGCAUCAAUGAGAUACAAUUCUAUUGUAAGGAAAAUGUUGUUUUGUAUGGAGGAAAAUAUAUCUCAACAAAUAUAUCUAAAAAUUCUCUCCGCUCUCUCCCAUAGACAAUCACAUUUAUUUUAAUGAUUCAUUAACCGGCAUGUACCAUUACAUGUUUUUUAAAAUUUAAUAUAAUUUAAGGUUAUAAGGAACAAUAAAAAACAAAGGACAAGCGAUAUUAACAAUAGUCAAUUUAAUUAUACCAUUAAAUUUAAAUACAGAGUGCAAAAUAAAAUAGACAGAAAUAUAAAAAAACUAGAUCAACUUACAGCACGGGAAUUGAAAAAGUACAAUCCUCAAAAGAUGCAAAUAUUAUGUAUACACACAUACAUAAAGAGUGAAUUUUGUAAAUAAAUUAAGUAUUGUCAAUUUCUAGUAAAAAGUGAAAAUCUCUCUUGUUAUGAAAACUCCUGAUUUAUAGACCCAUAUUUAUAUAUAUAAAUAUAUUGGGGGAAAAUUAGAACCCUCUAGAAAUGAAAUUAUAGAAAUUACAUCAGCUGAUAGCAUUCUUUAGAACAAAUAGAGCAUAUUCAAACAUAAACAAUCUUUUCCUAAUCAAAGGAGGGGUGGGUGAAGAGGAUUGGAACUACACGUUUAAUCGGUGACAUCAACAUCAAAAUGAAAAAGGUGGGAGGGGAGUGGUGGAAACUUUAGCUCGACGUUGAAGUGAAAUUAGUUCAAUACACAGGCUUUUCUCUAAGAUUGACCAAUGACCAUUCUAUUGUUCCAGCAACCUAUUGUUAAUGUGACCAAAAGAACGCCUGCCCUGAUGCGGUCAUCGUCUUGGCAUCAGCUGGGAGGUCAGCCGGCCAUUUUAAAAGUCAACACCCAACAGCUGAACAACACCAAGACAAAAGUAACAACACCGGUGAGAAGUUCAAAACAUACACAUUUUUAAUCACUUUUAUUCAACUUGACAUGAGUGAUGCCUGUCAGUCAGUUUGGUUGAUUCACCUUCUUUGGCAUUACUUUUUAGCAAUCUUUGCACAGAUCAGAGAAAGUUAUACAUUGGCAGAUAUAGUUUUCCCUUAAACUAUUUUUAAAUAUAAAAUUUUUGAUAUACUGGUGUCCCAAUUUCAUUUAGUAAAAAUUUAAAAGCAAAUCGCCCAUGAACAUUGUCACUAGUCAGAUCCACAACUGUAGCAAUUACUUAAGUAAUGACUGGGCAAUUAAGAGAGAAUUUUGCACUCAUAAUCUGUACGUCUUGGGUUUCUUUUCCAAUUCAACAAAUAUUUGUGUGUGCAAAUUUGCUGUAAACUAAUUGAUAGAAGAUUCCAUAACAUAAACAUAAUUCAUUUAUCAAUUUCAGUAUAGGAAAAGAAAAAACUUUCUGAUUUGAGAGCACACAAAAGUAUGUCACUAAGACAUUAUGUAUAUAUUUUUAUUUCAAGUCUACAUGAUCUGUUGCAUAAAUCAAUAGCUUUUUAAAAAUUUUAUUCAUACACAAAGUUUGUUUAAACUUUCGGAUCUUUUCCUACAUUCUCUUCUUCUUUUCUGUCCUCAGCCCAAACACAAAGAAACGAUUGCUCAGAGACGACGCAGGUAUGGACAAAGCAAAGCACCAAAUCUGAGGCUUUUGAUUGGUCGGGAUGAGGGCCAGCUUGCGCCUAGAACUACAAACUAUGAACUACCUUGUGCCAUUACAUUAACCAACGAAGCUCUACAGGCGCCUGUCCGUGCUUGCGGGGUCCUCAUCGAUUCAUCUGAAUAUUCAACAUUACCCAGAAGCCCUCGCGUUAAAACACUUGCGACCUCCGUGGGCCCUCCUGUAACCCCACCCCCGAUCAAUCCUCAGGGUGGGAGUUCUGCUACUGCUACCACUGCUGCCACUGCCAAAACUAAAAUAUUGGUGAGUAGCCACAGCCAGAGUGACAUGUACAGACCCAAGCGGCCUGGCCUGGAGAAUUAUGGUAGCACCCGGGA